GUGAGCGCCGUUGAGCGCACGCUCAGAGCAGACCGCUCGCAAGAGGCAGGAUGUGAUAGUCUUAAGACCCUGGAAGCUGACGGCCAGAGGGAGGGGAAAGGUGGUCACAGAGGAGAGGCAAAGCAACCAGAGGUAGAGGUUCCCGGAGGUGACUGCAAGGAGAGUACGCAGCGGCGAGGGGCUGCAGAAGCGGACCCCGCGACUUCUGCGCCGACGCGGGGCGGGCGGGAGAGAGGAGGAGAGGGCAGCGCGGCGACGCUGCGGGCUGGCUCAGUCGGGGAGGGGGCUGCCAUGUCCCGUGAGCGACCCCCCGGCACCGACAUCCCCCGGAACCUGAGCUUUAUUGCCGCGCUAACGGAGCGCGUCUACUACCGUAGCCAGCGGCCCAGCCUCGAGGAGGAGCCGGAGGAGGAGCCAGGCGAGGGAGGGACGCGGUUCGGGGCCCGAUCCCGCGCUCACGCACCGAGUCGGGGCCGCCGGGCCCGCUCUGCACCAGCCGGAGGCGGCGGGGCUCGGGCGCCCCGCAGCCGUAGCCCAAACACCCGCAAGAGAGUGCGUUUCGCCGACGCACUGGGGUUGGAGCUGGCCGCCGUGCGCCGCUUCCGUCCUGGGGAGCUGCCCCGGGUGCCCCGCCACGUGCAGAUCCAACUGCAGAGGGACGCCCUCCGCCACUUCGCGCCCUGCCAGCCCCGCGCCCGCGGCCUCCAGGAGGCGCGCGCCGCCCUGGAGCCGGCCAGCGAGCCCGGCUUCGCCGCCCGCUUGCAGGCGCAGCGCAUCUGCCUGGAACGCGCCGAGGCGGGCCCGCUGGGCGUGGCCGGGAGCGCGCGCGUGCUGGACCUGGCCUACGAGAAGCGCGUGAGCGUGCGCUGGAGCGCUGACGGCUGGCGGAGCCAACGCGAGGCCCCCGCCGCCUACGCCGGCCCGGCCCCGCCCCCGCCGCGCGCCGACCGCUUCGCCUUCCGCCUGCCCGCGCCGCCGAUUGGGGGCGCUCUGCUCUUCGCCUUGCGCUACCGUGUGACAGGUCACGAGUUCUGGGACAACAACGGCGGCCGUGACUAUGCUCUACGAGGGCCGGAACACCCAGGCAGUGGCGGAGCCCCGGAGCCCCAGGGCUGGAUCCACUUUAUCUGAGACGAGGCACCUGCGGCCGACGGCGGAAAACCCCAAAGGCACCCGGGGGCGGGGGACCGAUGUGGCGGGGAGGAAUAGGAGAGACCAGGACUGGCGGGGAGGACGAGGAGGGUGGGGAAAGCGGGGGCGUGGGGAAGGGGGGGGUGGGCCGAAUCAACGAAGCUCGGGGAGGGAGAUCGGGUUGUUAAAAGCUGGUCGGAUGUGAGCAGAGGGAACCCAGGGUAUAGGAGGAAGGAGACUGUACACGGCACCCAAGGGAUUAGACAAAAGGAAAAGAAUGGGGAUGAUGGUGGCUUUCCCCUCAGUGAGUGGGCACUGGGAGGAAGGGAGGAGGUUCAUCGGGCCUAGGCAGUUGAAGAAGGUUAAGAACCUUUUGGGGAUGGAGGAGGUAUGAUGUAAAGUAGCCCACCCAGUCGAAGUCAUUUAGAUUGCUGGCGCAUUCCCUCUUCUUACCCGCCUUUUCCACCUCAGGUCCCCUUGUCCUGCCAAUCCUAGCUUUAACUCAGCCAUAAUUGCCUUGCUUAAUCCCAGGAACCUGGCCAUUGCUCCUUGGUCCUUGGCAUUAUGACGGGAUUCCCUUGUCACCUCUGACAGUUCCUGGCUGCGGUGUCCGUGGACUGGCAGGGGAGUGAUGACAGGUAGCCGUCAGAGCUCCAGCCUCCAGGCAGCUUUAGCGAUUAAAAUGGAGGCCAAAGCAACUCCAGAUCUGUUCUUAUAGCCAAAUACUGAGGUGCCUAAGGGUUGGUACACUCAGGGGCUUCCAGGAAAAUGCCAGCCUUACUUUUCUGGAGUGCCUUUUAAUAACCUCCAAGCACUUUAUGGACUGUUUGUCGAGGGACGGUGAAUCAGGAGAAUCACUAUUCUGAUUUCUUUUGCCUCCGAAGAGGAAGUCCCUGACUAGCUAUAUAACUUUGGGCAAGUUACUUCAUCUCUUUGUGCCCCAGUUUUUUCCUUGGGAAAUUGGAUUUAGGUUAGAUGAUCUUUGAAGGCCCCUUGUAUGAUAUGUUGUGAUCUGUACAUGGCAGAGUAUAGAUUAGAAGCCACAUUUUCCAACCUAGUGCUAUGGUUCAGAACACAGAACACCCCAAGCAUUUGGUUGAAGCUGAGGAUGGUUCCUCUGGUUUUUGGCACAGAUGUUCAAGAGUCCAGGAAGCAUCCCAUAACCAACUUGCAGCCUCACCUCACCCCAGCAUAUUCCAGAGCCCCUUCCAAACGACAGCUCAUCCUCUGCUCCAUUUUGCUCUUGCCCUCACAGACUUCUAGCCUCUAUGGUCUGAGACAGUUAUGUAUAGGUACAUCUCUGUUGGUGAAAAUUAUGCUUGAGAACCCCAAAGAUUAAAGGAAACAAUGUUAAGGGCUUUUGUGGGGAUAAAAGAUAAUGGGUAUAUGGAAUAGAAACAUUUCAAAUGAAGAAUCAAAGCAUUUUAGUCAAUCCACUUGGUUGU